AACUCCCUGGGGCCAGAGAGUUUUUAGUGUCUUGGUGCUUUUGUUCUGACUUCACACACACUGUGAGCUUUUAUGGGCCUGGAUUACAAGUGAGGCUGUUCAGUGAUCAGUAGCAGGUUACAGAGAUACAAGACAGUGCUGCUGUUCACGUACUUCGGUGGGGUUUUUGUUUGUUUGUUUGUUUUCUCUUCCAUUCAACAAGGAGCAAAGGCAGUAGAGAAGGCUCCUGCACCGAGGCCAGGAGGAACUUGCUAAGACAAACGGGGAGAGAGGACUACUGUUAUAUGCCUAAGUCACAGACCGAAGAAAAGAACUGAAGAUCACUCUUUUCCUGCUGGGAGAGAUGUCUCGCCCUGCACCCAGAAAGCCAGAAUAUCAAAAAAUAAACAAAGACCUUUUCGUACUCACCUACGGAGCCCUGGUUGCCCAGCUAUGCAAGGAUUAUGAAAAAGAUGAAGAUGUGAACAGAUACUUAGAUAGAAUGGGUUACGGUAUUGGAACACGACUGGUGGAAGAUUUUUUGGCCCGAUCCUGUGUGAGAAGAUGCCACAGUUAUUCGGAAAUCAUAGACAUAAUUGCCCAGGUUGCUUUCAAGAUGUACUUGGGUAUCACGCCGAGCGUGGCCUGUCACAAUUCAAGCCGGAACGAAUUCUCCCUGAUUCUAGACAAGAAUCCUCUGGCAGAGUUUGUGGAAGAGCUGCCUGCUGGACGAUCUGCGCUCUGCUACUGCGGCCUGCUCUGUGGGGUCAUCCGAGGCGGCCUGGAGAUGGUUCAUUUGGCUGCUGAAGUUACAUUCUUGCAAGACAGACUGAAAGGCGACAGUGUGACAGAAAUUGGAAUAACUUUUCUAAAAAAGCUGGACGAGAAAAAAUAUAGACGGAAAAAGUGAAGGCGAGCAUGUACAGUGCCAUGGGUGGUUAGCUGACCAGCGGGUAUUAGCUAAACACACAGCCAUAGAAGUUUUGCAUUGCCUGAUGGCAUGGGCUUUGACAGGCUUAUAAACUUGCUGUGUGUCACACAAUUUUGCCAUUUCAAAUGCAAAUAACUCCUUAUAAAACAGCAAGCAUGGAUUCCACAUAUUACUCAAUCCAUCCUCAGCCAGUCUACCCAUCCAACUACCUGAGGUCAUAGGGAAAAAGAAACACCACCAUUAGGGGAUUAUCUCUUUUCAAUACAAAAAAAUGGAUGAAAUGAUACAGCAUUAGAGAGAGACAGACUCAGCGAGGAGGUGUUGUAUGCCUUUAAUCCCAGCACUCAGGAAGCAGAGGUAUGUGGAUCUUUGUGAGUUCGAGGCCAGCCUGAUCUGCAGAACAAGUUCUAGAACAGCCAGGACUACACAGAGAAACCGUCUCAAAAAACCAAAAGGAAAAGAAAAUAUAUAUAUACCUGCAUACAUAUAUUUGCAACACUCUAGUUUUUACAGAUGACAAAUAUGCUUUUUCUCAUAUACUGUCUUGGCUAUGGCUGCAGCCACUCCCCAGUUAUAAUCACCAAGGCCACAUAUUUAUCUGGAUGCCAGUUCUGAAGCACUAAACCUUACUAAGUUUUAACCCAUUUAGCCUUCAAUCUUACUUUCUCUAAUUUGGAGAUAGCUAGUAUUGAGCAAAUAUCAUUAGUGCCUCAUAGCAUUUGAUUGAUGGAAACCAUGGAGAUCAAAUCUGAAAGUCUUUUGGUAAAGCAGCACACUCUAGGUCCUUUGAAUACGUUCUGGACCCUGGAAUGUGCCCUUACUUGACUAUGCCGUCUCUUCUGUUCUGCCAACCCAGUCAUCAAACCCACCACCCUGAAGGCAGCUUUAUCUGAUAUUCUCAUGGAUACUAUAUAGAGAACUAGCAAUGACACCAAGAUAAGCAUCUUUUUUUUUUUACUUUUACUUUGUAAAUCCGGAAAGAGAGGAUUAUCUUGGAAUUAUCUUGGAAUUGAAUUUAUGCUAUCAAAGUUGAGCCUUAUACCUACAGCAUGGCUUCCCUGUGUUCACUGCUUCAUCCUGAUCACUGUGAGACUCCUGAAAGCCACUUAUGUAGUGGCUUAUGUCCCCCUGCUUCUUCCUCCUCUUCCUCUUCUCUCUCUUUAAUUAGAUGUCCUAUUACCCAGUCUGCACUGCAGUCCUGAUUCUCCCAUCUCA